GAGCCGCAGGGAAAGGCUAGCAAAAGACCCCGCUCUGUCCGUCCACCCAGCUCGCCCGCCCUUUCGCCAACAUCUGGGAAGCGGCGCUGACCUGCAGAGGGGAGCUAUCCCAGCAAGGUCCCUAAGUCCCCGCGGGGCCAAAGCGCCCGAUGGCUGCAACGGCGCGCCCGGCCUUCCUGCCCAGCCCAGCGCAUCCGCUGUAAGCGGCGGCGGCGGCUGCACCACCUCUGCUGCCUUGCCGCGAGUGCCUUGGCUGUAGCGGCAAUAGCCGCCGCCGCCGCCGCCGCCGCUCCCGCCCCCUCGCUCAGCCUUGCCCACCGCCCAGCCGAGCCGAACCGAGCCCACUCCUCCUCGGUGCGGCGCGCUGAGCGGUGCUGGGCGCGGCCAUGCAAGCGCGGCGUCUGGCCAAACGCUCCAGUCUGGGCAACCGGCGCUUGAACACGGCGGGGCCGCCCUCGGCCGCGCAGCCUUUCCCGGAAUCGGGCGGCCGCGGCACAGCCAAGACCGAAAACUCCUGGAGGCCGCCUCGGCGAGAGGGCUCGGCGGCCGCCCUCGAGGAGGAGGACGAAGAGGAGGACGUGGUGGUGGACGUCGAGGAGGACGACGACGCCGACGAGGCGGAGGAGCUGGCCGGGUCGGGCAAGGGCCACGCGGCCGCCCGGGUAAGCCUGAAGGUAACCAGCAUAAAGCGUGAAAUGACCUUUGCAGCAUUUCAAAAGGAAGACCUAAAAAGUGAUCUAAAUCAAAAACAUUCAGAUCAGCAAUUUUUUGUGUUGGCUAUGAAGGAAGAAGAUUCAAAAACAGCAGACACCAAAAAAUUUGGCAGAAUUCAUGAUCAUGAAAAAGAAAAUACUCGUUCUAUCUGUCUUCUUGAACAGAAGCGCAAAGUUGUAUCUUCAAACAUUGAUGUGCCUCCUACAAGAAAAUCUUCAGAAGAAGUGGACAUGGAUAAAGUCACGGCAGCUAUGGUUCUAACUACUUUAUCCACCAGCCCUUUGGUUCGCAGCCCCCCAAUCCGUCCUAAUGAAUCCUUAAAUGGAUCCUGGAAAGAAGGAGGAUUUGUGCCUUCCAGUACCAGUAGCAGUGGGUAUUGGAGCUGGAGUGCUCCAAGUGACCAAUCAAACCCAUCCACUCCAUCACCUCCCCUUUCUGCUGACAGCUUCAAACCAUUUCGAUUACCAUCUCAAACUGAUGAUGGCAUUGACGAAGCUGAAACUAGCAGUCUUCUUUUUGAUGAACCCAUUCCUAGGAAAAGGAAGAACUCCAUGAAAGUAAUGUUUAAAUGCCUUUGGAAAAACUGUGGAAAGGUCCUAAGCACUGCUGUUGGCAUUCAGAAACACAUCCGGACUAUUCAUCUAGGACGUGUAGGAGAAUCUGACUACAGUGACGGAGAGGAAGAUUUUUACUACACAGAGAUACGUCUCAACACUGACUCAGUAGCGGAUGGAUUAAAUAGUUUAUCUCCAGUUUCACCCUCUCUAGCAUCUCUUCCUUCUUUUCCAUCCCAAGAUGGGAACAGAAGUGAACUAUCAUGUGCCAAAACAGAUGCUAAAGGGAUGACGCCUCUAAGCCGUUCAGCUCCUACCAACCUCUACCUCAUUCACUCUGACCACGCUUACCAGGCUACAGCUCCUGUGAACAUUCCAGGUUCAGCCAAGUUCACUCCCAAUGGAAAAAGCUUUAGCAUCUCUUGGCAAACACCCCCAGUUACCUUCACUGGCCUUCCACUUUCACCAACUCACACACGGCAUGUGGGGAUCGGAGAACAAAAGCACCAGAUCCACGCUGUUCUUUCAUCACCACCUAGAGCGUCAGUUGGCCUCAGAAAACCUAGAGGAGAGGGCAAGAAAUGUCGCAAAGUGUAUGGGAUGGAGAAUAGAGAUAUGUGGUGUACAGCUUGUCGUUGGAAGAAGGCCUGCCAAAGGUUUAUUGAUUGAAGCCCAGAAACAAUACGGAGUUGUGUAUAAUAGGGUUCCCUUGCUGCAACCGUGUAGUGUGACUCUUCCCACCUCCUUGAGCGCUGACAUCUGUUGAAGACUGGCACUCUAAAGCAAAUAUAUUCAUUUCAAGAGAAAGGACUUCUCAAAAACCUAUACGCAGCAAUAUAGGAAAAACUUAAAAAUCUUUAUCAAGUUUUGAAUCAGGAGCAGCUAUAUGCAUCUUUCUUUAAAAGAACAGGACAAAAUCUGUUUUUAAUACCUUGAACAACUCGCCUAUCAGGACAUUUGUCUUACAUACUACAUCAUGAUCAGUAUUUCACCUUUGGAAUCACUUAAAACCAAGAUUGAGUGAUGCUACUUUUCUUAGAAUGAAGUAAAUAAAACACAAAUACACGCGUGCAUACACAAGACACACUAAACUUUAGAAAUAAGCUACAUUUUUCUCAAGAGCAGCUCUCCCAAAAGUGGUAAAUAAUUCUGUUGUGAACAGUCUUGAUUCAGCGUCUGGUGCUUGUCCUUUAAGGAUAAUGGAAAGAUGCUUUGCUAAAGGGGCAAGAAAUUUAAGAGUGAUCUCAAACUCAGACCUGAAGGUUGAGCACCUCUUGUAUCUGUCCCAAAGAAGGCUAGUUGGGGUACAAUCACCAGCAGUCCUACGCAAAAAACAAAACAAAAAAACCCACACACGGGAAAGAAGUCUGAUUUUAAAUGAACUUGGAUUGAAAUCAGCAUACAUACCAACAAAGUUUGGGUUCCAGGAUAUCUUCUUAGAUGCAAGUACUGGAAAAUGUUGUACAUCUCACAGUGCUAAAGGCUUUGCUCAGACUAAUGGGCAGCCCAGUGGACUUCAUCAACAUUAAUUCAGGGAUGUGAUCGACCCAGCAGCUUUUCCCCUGCUUUUUACGCCAUUUCUAGGUUAACAUUUUAGUUCAAAGAGCAAAUUAACACUUCAGGGGAUAGAAACUAGAAGGACAAACUGGUUUCCCACUUCCCCGACAUGUAAAAUAUGAGUGCAGCAAAGCAGAUGUCUGUAUGUAAAAAAUCCCAUUGAUUAUAAAGUUCUAUCAAUAUCAAAAAUAAAAGCCUUCACGAUGGCUUGCACUUUCAUAGGUUUCUGUGCUUUAGUGUAAUUUAAACUUCAUUUGGCCCAUGACAUAGACAUAGUUAUGGUGUAAAUUGAACUAAUGCUUGAGAAUCAGUAGAAAGUUUGGACAUAGGUUACUGGAAAUAAUGUCUACAGAUUGCCUAUUAAAAUAAAGGAAUUCCUAUAAGAGCACUACCACAUAUUAAUAUAAAUACGGCUUGUGCUCAAGACUUUCCUGGUGGAUUUUGUCCUUUGAUAUUAACUCCAGUGGGAUGAGAUAGGUAUCCCAAGUUGGGAAAACAAGAGCAAGAUUGGGAGCCCUUGAUGCUGUUGUAUGAUGACAAGUCAGAAAUAAAUUUUAUUGGGGAAGGGGGGUAGAGGAACCGCUGAUGGAUUAUAUUAUAAAUCACUAUUAUCUAGAGUGUCUACCUAUAAUAAAUAUAAAAAAGCACAAAUUUUAAUUAAAACACAGAAUAUUAAGCUAGGGAUGACUCUUAUAUAAACUUCAGAACAAUUAAGUUAGCUUUGAUGCUAUGAUAAUAUUAAAAUAAUUCAGGUAGGCCUGGAACUGUCUUCCAAAAUAAGGCUAUCUGGUUGAAAACACUUCUACUGUACUGAUAAAAGGCUUCUUGUACUAAGCAUUUUCAUCAGAUACUCAUCCAGUUUUCUCAUCUUCAAAAAGCGCAAUUUUAUAGCAUGUUAUUCCGCUCAUAACUAGCAGAGAAUAGGAAAUUUCUUUCUUGAGAUUUGGUAGGAAAGUAAGAAAAAGGAAUGAAAUCAACACAUUAUUUUUUUCCUUUAUAGGUGGUCUUUAACUGUACAGCUUAACUAUCAUAAGAUUUAGGAAAAUCUGAAGUUUUAUGUGCUUAUCUAUUUAUUUAACAGAAAAUUGUAUUUGUCAGGGAUUUCUUUAGAUCAUAGUAUUUACAGGCAGCUGACAACUAACUUUGAAAGUAUAUCAUAUAAUAAUCACAUCUGCAUUCUAACUUGAAUGUGUUAUUUUGCAGUCUUAUAAUUGUGUUGAAAUAUAUCUCUGGCUACAUGCAUGGUCUGUCCAAAAUUCACUGAUAAAUUGUUCUGACCUGCUGCUUUAUGGUCAAUAUAUAUCCUGGAGGAAAUACUAAGUAUGGCUUUAUGUAUUUUUUCCUAAUUUCACAUACAGAAAAGUAAUAGAGUUUAUAUUUUCUGGCAUUCCUGUUUAAUUGAUAUGAUAAAUGAUAAAUGAUAAAUGAUAGGGCUACAGGCAGAAAGCACAGAAGAUUUCCACUGUAGUCAAAAUUAGGCUAAGUAGACUAAUGGUUUGAGCUAACCAGACAGCUUAAUAAAAUUAAGCUAACAUUCUUGAUAUAGAAAAAACAAACUCAAAAUCACCUGGGAAGCUAGAGUGCUAUAACAAAUUACUAAUUUUUUCAUACAUUGAAAGUAUGUGUGCAUUUACUUUAACAAAAGUUCAGGCUGAUUUUCUUUCAUUGGGGUUUAUUUGCAUCUAUUAGUUUGGUAUUUCUUUUCACAGGAUGUAUGCCAUACAAUUUUUAAAAAAUUAUAACUUAAUUGAAUCAGCUGUUGGUGUAAAUUGUGAUCACGUGCCCUAGAGAUACCAAGACAUAAGUGGAAAAAUUAUUCUAAGAUGUAUGGGUUGGUUAUUGUUGGAAAUAAGUGAUUUAUUACAUAUGUAUUCAAAUUGAGAUAGAGAUUAUAAUAUAUGCCAAAUAAUAUUGGUAAAUUUAUUAUUCGUACUUUAUGUUAUGUUCUCAAAUCAAAAGUAAAUACAUGCUAUUAUAAUCAGACUCCGCAUUCACAGGAAUUUUAAACUUAGUCAUUCAGUAUUUUUAUUGCACAUUUUUCUAAUUAACUGCACUCUUGAGGGCUAGAAAUUUUUAAAGAUUGAAAAAUAAUCAUAGGAUAAUAACUGUUUGCCAAAUAUUGUUCAUCUCUGUGCAAUAUAGCCUUUGUAAGUUCAUUUAUUGCUUAUUCCUAGCUUCAAUUUUUGGCUUUGCAGACUUUCACUGCAUAUGUUCAACUUCGACAGUGAAAACAUUUUUAUCUUUAUAGAGAUAUUUGAACAACUUUUUCCCAUAGUUAGAUUAAAGGCAACUGACCUAAGAUAGGAUUUGCUUGUUUAUACUUUAAAUGAAAUUACUGCCAGAUAGUUCUGUUGUAUCUGUACUAUAAAGAGACAAACAUAAUUUGGCAAUAGAACUGCUGGAAUUUGCCUUGUUCUACUUAAUAAGUGUUCUUCAUAACAUUGAUUGCAACAUAAUAAAUUCUUUUUAUUGCUGGAGAAUUUCAAUAGGGCUUUAAACUUACCAAAAGACCCAGGAAAUAAGUGCUAACCAGAACUGUAGCUUAGAAUUAGAGACAUAGUAAACUAGGAGGUUACACUUAGCUUUUCAUAAGACCUUUUUUUUAAUUGUUGCUUACUUAAAUAUUCUUUCAUCAUUAUUUAUAAGAUAUCACUGAGGUUUUGAGAAAUCUAAAAUGUUUUCCCAACUCUCCCUGAUGCUUUUCUUAACAUGUAUGCAUAGAUAUUUUAAAACUCUUAUCAGAGGUAAUAUUUUGAGAUCAUUAUUAGCCUGAAUUGACUAACAAUGAUGUUGUAUAGCAGCUUCAGAGUGAGGGCAGAAAAUAUUAUCUCUGACUGCUUGUUAGAAAAGAGUUAAUAAAUCCCCAACCUUUGCUCAGGACUAAAUUGAAAAACUCUCACCAUGACUAUUUUGACAUUUGAAUAUUGUUGUCAAACCUCUUAUGUCCAAUCCAAGACUUCUUUCUGGUGAGUCAAAAUAAUUUUGAACAGAUGUUAAUACAUGAGUUUUAUGUAUAAAUAAUUAUCAUGUUAGAAUCAAACAUGAAAAGCUGCCAUUUUUUUUCUUUUAUUUAGGUUUGUGUGUUCAGAUAAACCUGUUUAGAUUGUGCCCAGUGUGAUUCGAUUAUCAUCUGUUUGCAUCAUUAUUUUAAUUGACCUUCCAAUCAAAGGAAUAUACUAUAUACAACAUGCUUGGACAGCUCCCUCUAGCUUUUGAUUAUUUAUUUUUCUGAAUUUCAAAAUUUGUUUCCCCUGAUUCAAGAUUUAGCUAAAAUAAAUGUCAAUCACCUUUGCCUCUAUAAAUUCACUUAAGAUGAAAGACUAAGAAUUUUUGUCAGUAUGUUUAACUGUAAAAACCAAGAACAAUAAGAAAUUAAGUCUCAUAUUAGGUAUAUUUUGUGGUAAUCAAAGGAAUGAGGACAUUUCUGACAUUUCAAAACUUUAUUUUCUUUAUUUUAAAAAAUCUACAAUAUGAAUUUUUUAAAUGAUUUAAAUAUUGUACAGUCUGGAUUUUGUUUCCAAUGGGGCAGAUACAUGGUUCUGGAAGAAUAAAUAAGCAUUCCAUUAUAGUUACUGCUGCCUUCAGUUUGUCUCAAGCAAUGUAGGAAAACAUCUGUUUGCGCAAGAGUUUAGGUCCUGACUGUUAGGGAAAUGGAAAUAGGGUCUAUUAAUUAUAUGCAGUUUACUGGUGGACAAAUGCCAUUGGGUUUCACCCUCUAUUUCCUCUGAGAGGAAAAAUGUAGAGUAUAGUGAUAUAGAUUUACUAAACAGAUUGGUAAACAGAGAGAGAUUGUAUUUUUUGACCAAAGUUAUUCAAUAAAAUUAAAGAGGAAUGCUCACUUGAGAUUGGUUAAAUUGGACUUUAGCGUAUCAUAAUCUUACAUAUUUGGAAAUAUUAGAGGAAUUUGUAGCCAGUGUAAGAACUGAAAUUCAGUAGGACAUAAUCUAUUGCUGCUGAAUACUUAUUAGCAUAAAAUAAUGGGAAUUAAAUUUUAGAAACACCUUUCUGUUUUGAAGCAAGUACAGUGACAUUUUAUGUCACUAUCUGUGACACAAUUACUGCCCAAUAAAUUAUUUAUCAAAUGAAUGCUACUUAUAGAUUAAAAUCUUUGGACCUAACCAGGUUAGUCAAUUAUAUCCUUUGACCACAUUCUUACCUAGAAAUAAGAUGUUCCGAGGCUUCUGAAAUUUAAUAUGAUGCAUCCAAUAUGGCAAAGUGUUGUGUGAGAAAUAGGCCUCUGUGACUCAAACUGUGGUUUAAAAACUCCUGGAUUAAUAGAGACAGAUAAAUGGGAUGCUCAGAUAUCCUUUGACUGUCCUCUUCAGAGUUCAGUCAGUCCUGGCCAUAUUAGGACAUUCCUGACCUUCAGCUCUAUUAUGGUAACCGAUUUCGAGACAUUAGGGGGGAAGAUUGCAGCCUGUGUAAUCUUCAUUAGUGUUUCUUAUCCUGCAAAACAAACAUUGUAAUUGUAUUUCCAAGGUGUUUUCUUUGAGUUAGUGGAAUAACUAGAUUCAUGUCCAUGAUUAUUAUUGAGAUCACAAAGUAUAGAAUUAAAAACAUAAUUGGAAUCUAAUGUAGCUACACAACCAUACAUGAAGAAAUUUUCUGAGAUAAAAAGAUUCCAAUUCUGAAUUUGAGAAUACUUUUUAUAAUAAGUUUUUUAUACACUUAAACCUCAAGGCCACUGUAUUUUAUAUGACUCUUUUUCUGAGCAAAACUCAGAUCUUUUGUGAGCUGCUUUCAGCAAAUGAAUAUUGAAGUCUUUCCAAAGGUCGAAAAAGAAGGAUGUUUCUGUAUUCAUGUAGUCCUCAAAUUAUGAUCACAAUUGGAACCAGAAUUUCAUUCUUAAGCAAGGCAGGUUUAUGUGAGUUGUGCCUGAUUUUAUGACCCUUUUUGUCCCAGUUAACGAAUCACUGCAGUUGCUAAGUGAAUCAUGUGGUUAUUAAGUGAAUCCAACUUUCCCCAAUGAUUUUGUUUCUUGGAAGUUGGCUGGGAAGGUUGCAAGCAGCAACCCCCUGGUCCCAGGAUGCACAACUAUAGUAAAUACAUGCUGGUUGCCAAUCACUUGUAUUUUCAUCCCAUGGUUGUGGAGAUGCUGCAACAAGUGUGAGUGUGAGGAUUGGUUGUGUCACUUUAUUCAGUGUUGUUGUGACUUUGAACAGUCACUAAACAAAUGGUUGUAAGUCAAGGACUACCUGUAUUCCAAAAGAGUGUUUUGAAGAUCCUGGAGUACCCUGGUGUGCAUAUCAAUAAUGAUCCUCAAGAUGAUGAAAUGGCAGUUGUUUUUUUUCCAUCUUUCCAUGCUGUGUGCAUUCUGCAACCUGCCAUCUACAUUUAGCUGGUGCUUCAGCAUUGUUAGAUUGCAGACUUAUCUUCCAAAAACCAAAUUUUAUUGGCAGACAAAUUAAGGGAUUAUGGAUUUAUGAAUAAAGAAAUAACUUCUUAUCUAUUACGCUCAGAUUCAGCCAAACAUUUCCUUGUGUUUAUCUUUAAUUGGGUCUUCUUAGUUAACAAUGAGUUCAACCAAUUACACUAUAAGAGUAUUAGAAUGCGCAAAUUGCACUUCUAAUCUUUCUGGAUUUAUAUUGCAUGACAAUCUGGAUUGUUUUAGAUGUCACACCAUGCCCUCUAGACACAAAAUACUAUUUUUCUCCGUCAGUUAAAAUAUAAAAUAAGCAAUUUAGACAAGCCAAGAAUAAUACUUUGAGUUGACUUUUUAAAUAAAAUAUUUAAACUUAGUCUAAUUGAUUAGAUGUUUUAGUUGCUUUAAUUUAUGACUGUUGAAGAUUUUAAUAUUUAGAAUAUGCAGUAGUUUAGUCAAAAGGAAAAAGAGACAAUUGCCUUAUUGAAUGGUGCAAUAUUGGUUUUUACUCAAAAAAGGGCUAACUUUUUGAAAUAGAAUUUAAGCUACUGUGAAGAAUAUUAAUUCAGUGUGUAUUAGAAAGUCUGCAUAGACUAGAACAUUUAUGAUUUUAAAUCAGUGUAAUAAACUUUCCAAAAUAUAGUCUUUCCUAAAAGAUGUGACUAACUUUUGAAUAUAAAUACAAUUUGCAAACCUUUUUUCAAGACAGAGUUUUACUUUCAAAUUUUAAUUAAUUUCCAGCAAAUUUUUCUUGAAUGUGCAUAUGACACAAAAGGAAAUUUGCUAGAAACUGUAUUAUUGUUAAAAUAGGCAGAUAUUCUUAUACUAUUUGUUAAAAAAUGCUUUUGGUCCAAUUCUGCUGUUUAGGCAAUGUGAAAUUAGUUUAAACUUUCCUUUAUUUUUUUCUAAAUGUACAUCAUAAAAUGAAUCUUAUACCUAGGAAAUCAUUGUUAUACUUUAAUCAUCACAGUGAAUUAAUCUCAAUUUGGUACCUGACAUCUGGAUUUUUCUCUAUUUUCCUGAAGAAAGAAACAACAAAACAGUCUUUGUCUACAAAACCCAUAAAUUAACUAAAGAUUAUAGGACUUUAGGUUUUUUAAAAAAAUUUAACCAUGAUUAUUCUCUGGAAAUCAAAUACCCUUCAAAUGUUUUGGAGCAACUUCCAUCAUUUCCAAACAGUUUGGUCAAUGUUAAUUGCUUGUACCUAUGAUAGAUAUUUCUUUAAAUUAUCAAAUAACAAGAUAUUUGGCUUCAAUUUUGGAUUCCCAUUGUAAACUAUGAUUAUGCUGCUUCUUUGUAGCCCUUAAGCACUUUCAGUGUAUAUAUUCAUAAACUUUGAGCUGUGAAAUUAAAAUGUUCUGUGGUGUGAUGAAGAUGGCAGAACUUUAAGUAGGCUACUAGUCUGGCAGUGAUGAAAUACAAAAUUUAGUGUUCCUGUAAGAGAUUAAAAAAUCCUAUGAACUAGCAAAGCAUAACUGCACAUAGUGUUAAUUUGCAGAUGAUAGCAAAAAGUGGCAAACUAAUUUCCUGCCCUCUCCUAUGUCUUCUAUUAAAAGUAUUUUUAUGUUAUUUUAUGUUAUAGUUUGGUAUACUAUUAUAAUCUAAAAUGUAUUGAGUCAUCACAUUUCUUUCUUCUAUUCACUAUCCUUUAGGCCAAAAUUAGUCCAGGAUUUAAUUCGGUUUGUAGUUUAUCUGUAUGAGUACAGUAAAUUGGUGAAUAAUUGUAAUGAAGGACAAUAUCAAAAUGUUAUUUCUUGAAAUGGUUUCUCUGAGAUAUUUGUAUAUAAGAGAAUGUGUCCUCAGAUCAAGUUAGUUUCAAUAGUAGCACCAGUCAACCUUGUGGAACUUAGUAGACAUAGAUGAUCAUGUUAUUAGCCGCUUCCAUGGGAUUUAGAAAGGGAAGAAUGUGUUUUUAUCCAAACGGCAACAUUUUUUUACUAAAACCAUCUUUGUUAGUGUUUAAUGUGUAUCUGUCUGGAACUAGCAUGAGCAAGAAUUAUUAUUAGAUCUUAUUACAUACAUACAACAAAUCAUGAUGUUUUACAUUAAGUUUCAGUAACUAUGUGUUUUUCCCGGCCAAAGAUCAGUUGGCAUGAUGGGGUGUUAUUUUUAAUAAAAGAGGUAGGGUCAAAACGAAUAUGUCAGCAGGUCAAAUUAAAAAUUAAAUUCUCCAUGAUUUAAAUUUAUAUUGAAAUUUAGUUUUAUUUAAUAUAGAUCAAAUUAUUUAAUUGUUUAAAUAAAGUCCACAUUAUCACUUCUUAUAUGUAUUUUAUAAUUUUCCCUGUCUAUGUAGCCUACUUUGGAAGGACUUCUCUAAGCUACAUCCCACUUCAUAGAAGUUUGUGAAACCAGGAAGGAGUUAUUGGAUCAUAAUGGCUUCAUUUCACUUCAUUCUUGACUAGUUUUAAAUUAAUGGUCUUUAUUAUAUACAAAAUGGGGAACUUUGGGUGGAUGAUUGUUAUUCUUUGCUAGUGUUAAAACUCACCUCCCAGGGUUAUUGCUGUGGGGAAGAUUGAAGCAGGAAGGAAUAUUAGGUAUAUUUGUUGCCUUGAGUUAUUUAUAAAAAUAAUUCACAUCACCUGACCCAAGUUCAGUUGCUUUUUUGUUUUUGAAAGACAUAGCAGAUUCAUAAACAUGGACCAAGGUUGGACCAAGGUUGAACCCAGAGGUAUCUGCAAAGUGAUCAAAGGAUUAUAGAUGAUGAAAGCUUUAUGGCACUGUUGAAAUUUAAGCUUGGCUUCUUCUGUACUUACAUUUUGACCUUCAAUGUACAUUUGAAAAGGGCAAAGCUUAUGUUGCAAGACUGCUAUGCUGCUUUUAUCCAUUUGUUGAAAAAAUUGCAUUCUGCAGAUACAUAUGGUUGAGUCUCUGACAAGAUCAAUGGACCAUAUAGAUGGUGUUAAAUAGAAUAGAAAAAAUAAUUCUCUAUGUGGAAGACUAAUUCUGUUCAUAUAUGUUCUCUAUGUUUCAUUCAUGGCUUGCUUUACUUGUUUGCAAAAGUUUUGAUAACUUUAUGAAAUUAGAACCUAAUUUUUGUUGAAAACCCUGCAUUCUAAUGUAGAGGUUUAUGUCAAUGUCAGAUCUAUCCGAUAUUUGUAAAAUCUUUCCUACCAAAACUGCUGUUUAUUUAAAACUGACACAGUGUUAAUGAAUAUUACAGAGGUACCUGGGGCACCUACAGAGAAGUCAAAAAAGUCACAAUGGUGACAGUGCAAAAUAUUGCCCCUUUUUCACAUAUGUGACACACAUGAAAAGGGUAGAGCACAGAGUCAUGCCUAACAGACUCAGCAAAAAUCCCACAUAAAUUGGUUUGAGGAUCUUAUGUUAAUUAUUACAUUCUGAAAACAGAAGCACUUAUUUCAACAUAUUAGACUAAGACGUUAACUGUAGCCAAUAUGAUUCAGUUACUAUUUAAAUCUGCAAAUAUUUCAAAAUGCAGUUCUACAAAUAUGUAUUACAUAGUAAGUAUUGGAUUUUGUGAAUGAAUGUAUCUGCAACUGCACCUCACAUAUUUUCAUUUUUUACAUGCUUGUUUUGUACCAGCUUGCAUUUUUCUAAGAAUCUAUUUAAGGAGAUACUUACUCAAAGUUAGCUUCCAAGCAGAAAAGGCCUAGGUGUGGGAUUUUGUUUUUAGAUAAAUUAAAAACAACUAAGGAUAAUUACUAAAUACAUACCAGUAUAUGUGCAAUUUGCUUUAAGUCCCACUGUUUAUGAUAGGAGACUAACAAAACGUUUCCACUGCUUUCUAUCCUUGCUGUUUCACCAUAGCUAGCAUACUAGGCAGUUCUAUAUUUUAUCCGUUCUUCCCACCGACUCUAAUAGAAUGCAUUUAAAUUUGGAAAUUCCUAGGCAAGUAUUGGACUAUUUUUUGUGGAUGUACUUGAGGCUCUGGAUGGGGAGAUAUACAGCCAUUUGCAUUACCGCUGGUAUUCCUUAGACUCCUUUAGUCAGGAACUGCCAGGAGAAAAUCUGAAUUGGCAGCCUGUUCCAGCCUAGUCUCAGAGGACCCUCUAAGAGAAUAUCUUGCAGAGAUUUGGCGCUCUUGAGGCAGAUUAGCCUGCCUCCCAGGAGGCAUGGAUUGGUUUCUUUACCUAUAUGCUGAAAUCAUUCCUCUAAAAACCAGGCACUCUAUAUUUUGGUUGGAUUUUAUCUAAUAUUUGUAAUGAAUCGUCAGCUGCUUAAGUGCAUCCAAUUGCAAAGGCUGUCAAACUGAAAGUGAUUAUGAAACUUCAACUCUCUGAGCUAUUCCUUAAACUCAGUCAAAUUAAACUUUUCAAAUGCCUCAAGCCAAUUGAUUUAUAGUCAAUGCCUUCUAUCUAGAUAAGCCUGAGAGUUGAAAUGCAAUCAUUUGAAGAGUGGAGCCUGGAGAUAAUGAUUUUCCUGAUGUAAUUAUUUUUCGAUUAAGCAACAAUCCUACCGUGCUGCUUUAUUUUAUAUACAAUUAUCUAAUAUUUUGUUAACCUGAUUUCUGAGAAAUGCUCUUUAAGAAACCUAGGAACUGUCCAACACAGGAAGAAACCUCUCUCACUCUACUAUUACUCUAAUUCCACAUCAUAAUUCAUUUGUUUCUGAUGGUUGAGAGGAAUCUCAUUGCACAUAAUGCUGUUGAAGGGCUGGGUGUUGAGAUAGCAUACAGACAUCCCCAUCACUAGAGGGCUCUUUCAUAAUAUAUUUUACCCCUGUUCCAGGGGAGUGAUUUCUAGGUUGGCCUCGAAUUAGAUUCAAGCCUACCUCGAAGCAAAGACUGGAAGUGAUUAAGUAAUAUUAAGUAAAAAAAUCUUGGGAUAACAGCAGCCUACCUCCAGUACGACAUGAGGACAGAUGGCAACUACUCUCAGUAUGAAUGCUGCAAACUUGUGGUAUGUUUCAAAGCUUGCAAGGCUGUGUCAUAUCUUUGGGGUUUCCCUUUCAUUGGAAUCAGUGGAACUCCAUCCAAAGAAUAGAAGGAAAGUGAGUUAUCUUUCAGGAGAGUUUCUUUUCUUAUCUGUUUAAUAUGGAAAAAUUCACUUUAUAAAUAUUUGAAAGAGAGCUUCCAACUUUGGCACUAAUGGAAAUACUGGAUACUUUUCAUAUAUAUUUAGAAGGUUAUUUGAAAAAGAAAUGUUCUGUCUUUUUUAUAUAAUUUUUAAUCAAAUACAGAUAUUCUGAUUACUAUGUCUUGGUUUCCUAUCAGGCUGUACAUGCAAAAAUAAAACUAGUUCAGGUCUCAGAAUCUCGAGUUGGGGGUGGGGGAACCAACCGUUUGAAGUGCUUUGCCAGCUUUUGGUAUAUUGUGCAUUUUGUGUGUGUAUAUAUAAUAUAUGUAAAUUAUAAAUAGAUAUAUAAAUAGAUUCAUAUGGUUAAAUGUUUAGUGUUUUUUCACUGUUCUCCAAGGAAAUAAAGGUGUUUUGUAUUGCUUUAUGAACUGAUUUAAAAGACUUCAUGGGAUAACUAAAAUAUUUUACAGCUAUUUCAGCCCAGAAAUGGGUAGUUCUGCUCUGAUGUAAAUCUCACGAUUGUUUUUGAAAGCAGAAUUUUAGGUUUUAAGCUGGCCCUACUGAAUAGUACCAGGUAAAAUGCACUUUCUCGUGGCAUGCAGUCUAUUUUCUCUGAAUGAGCUUUCCAAACUAGAGACCACAACACGUUUACAUUUGUGUGUGUGUGUCCUGUUUUCUUCCCUGCCUAACAAGAGUUGCAGAACUUGAAAUCUUUAAUCUUUUGGGCGAAGAGGAUGGAAAGAAAAAUAAUAUGCUACUGAAGUAAUAGGACAUAAGAUCUAUCAUUAGGAAUAGAUUAUUAGUCCAUCUGUUAAAAUCCAUUGUAGUGAUAGUCUCGGUAAGUGAGCUGUACUUUGUAAUUCUUGGCUGUGACAAAUAUGCCUUUGCUUUACUUGUCAUAAAACUGUUUUACUGUUAAUGGCUAUUUCUUUGGUUGCAUUUGCUUGAACUUAGUCGGAAGACCUUAUUCAGACUGUUAUGAUGUCCAUAAAUGCAAUUUAAAUGCAUUUAAAAUUGAUUUGCUACCAUGGAGUGUGCUGAAUUAUUUCAUUUAAUAAAAGCCUUUGUGUAAGUGU